AUGGCAAAGAUUUUAAAACUUCUACAUUUAUUUCUUGGUGUCAGCCUCAACCGCUUCCAUGCCACACCUUACAGCAUUGUCCCGGGGGAAAAUGACAAGACACUGGAUAGACUGACGGCAGAAAGAUGUGCCCAGGCCUGCCUGGAGGAAACUACUUUCGUCUGUCGUUCAUUCGAUUACCAAAUCAAAGAUGGCUCUUGCAUGCUGAGUAAGAAGUCCGGAAGUGACGUGGGUCAGCUGUUCAACCAAGGCUUGGUGCAAGUGCAUCAUUUCGAGAUGAAGCCCGCCCUAGACUGUGGAGGAAUUAUAACCGGAGUGUCUGGGGACUUUGCCAGCCCUGGCUGGCCGAGGAACUACAGUCACCAUCUCAACUGUACCUGGACAAUUCGUGUGCCCGAACAUCAGGUUAUCAUGUUUACAUUCAUCCAUUUCGAGUUGGGUGUCCGGGCCGGAAACCCGUGCCUCAACAGGAACGACCGACUGCGCAUUACGGAAAUGACGCCAUUAGGGGAAGUGACGUUGUGCGCAAGUCCGCCUAUGACCACAUACAUUAGCCAAUCCAAUGUGGUGACCUUCAACUUUAACACUAACGAUCACGGGGAUGCUCAGGGGUUCAAGGUUGCAUUUAAAGGAGACUGGCCAUGUCGCGCUGUCCUGAGAUCUGACAGAGGCCAGCUGGCUUCCCCACAGUGGCCUGAACAAUACUCACCUGGACUCAGCUGUGCCUGGACUAUACAGGCGCCAGAGAAUGGAAAGAUAACUCUCAAGUUCACCAACAUUGACCUCGACGGUCAAGGUUUCGGCGCCUGCACUGAUCUCCAUGACUACCUGGAUAGAGAUAGAGAUUGUCUGACAUCAUUAGCUAACCAUCGAAUACCUCCUCUGUCUAGAUUCUGCAAGCAUGAAUCUCCCGCAGUCCUCCUCUCCACCAGCGACGCCCUUCUGGUCAUCUUGAGGACAGAUGCCUACAUGCAACGAACCGGCUUCCACGCCAGCUACGACUUCAUCCUCCCGACAACCAUCGCCCCACCAACCACAACCACCACCAGAGGGCCUGAGUCGUUAAGUGCCCGGUUUGUUGAGCCCAGAUACGAGAGAGAGGGCGCCAAUCUCAACUACAGCAGAGAUCAGCUGAAUUUUGGUAG